AUGGGUCGAAGGGCGGAGAUAAAGCGCGCCAAUGCCAAGGAAAAGGAUCGGGAUCACCAUCCAAACAACCACCACAUCAACCAUCACCAUCAUUCGCGACACGGCGAGCCCGAACCGCACACCGGUUGCCCGAUACCCGAUCCCGUGGUUUGCAAGGUGCCAGUGCCCGAGGGAGAGGAAGGCAGAAGAUUUACAUGCACCAACAAUGUAUGCCCAUACUCGAAACAACUGGUCCACGACAAGUGCUUCGACGAAUACGAGGAUCACCUCGUCAAGGUCCUUUCAAAUUCAGGCUCUGCAAGGGGCUGGACGGACAAUCAGCGUCGGCAAAAUCUUUGGGAAAAGAAGGGCCAGGCGCUUGUAGGAAAAGUCUGCAGAUGUCGAUGCGGGCUCGGACUCGUUUUACGUGACGAGGCCCACGAUGUUCUGCGCGAGGUAAGCGCGAAAAAGCUGCUCGAGGAACAGCUGAACGCCGUGCAGAAGUGCAAGAAGAAGAAAAAGGAGAACGCUUUACCGCGGCUCAACCAUGCCAUCAAAGGGCAGACGCUGUUUCCGGAGCCGAAGGAAAGGAAACGUCGCGAUCGCAACUAUUCCGAUGCCGAAUCGGACUCAUCGUACGCCAGCGAAUCCUCGCCGUACCUCUACACUCGUCGCGAAUCGCAAGACGUUCCCGCAACUCCAGCCGCCCCGGAGCCGUCGAUAUGGGCGACCCCGGUGACACGGGAAAGAAACCAGUCUUCUCGGCUUUUCUCCGAAUCGUGUUACGAAUCUGGGUCGGAAGCUGCUUUUGAGGAGGCUUUGCAACGCAAAUAUGAGCCUGCUCCCCCCGCCGGCCCCGCUCAAGAAGUCAUUCGCUGCGGCGGCUUGUCGUCGUGGCGCCAAUGGGAAAAAGACGCCUACCUCGCGCACUUCGCCAAUAUUCCCCAGCCCGCCGCCAAGUCAGCCCAAGACGCGGCCCCCGUCGGCUCCACAUUCGCCCAAGUCGCGCCCGGAUUCAGCGCUGCUGGAGCUCGGAUCAGCAUCAUCGCUGCCAGCCGCCGCUUUGUGGCGGCCAGUCUCAACACCCUUGCCGGCGGCAUUGACAGGACGGACAACACCAAGGGCCUCAGCCCGUGCUCGACACCAACUCCGACCCCGACGGCGGCUUCGAUGCCUCCGGAGCAGUUCACCAAGCUAUUGGGCGACAAGCUGGAGCAGUACAGCGCCCAGGUGGCGAUGAGCCAAUGGGAGCUGACAUCUACUCAACAGCCAUCGAGCACACUUCCCCCGCUGCCACCUCUUGCUCCGUUGCCGCCGCUGCUACCGCCAACAAUCACCCAGGCGCCGCCGCCCAAAUCGACCGCACCCGCGCGUUCCGCGGUGCCCAAGUCUCCGGCGAAGAGCUAUCGCGUCCAGCUGCACGGCGAUCCCGAUGAGGUGGAUAGUUGGGAAGAGUAUGUGCACGAGUGCGAGACGUCCGUCAACAGCAGUGGCAUCAACUAUGAGACGCCGCUGGUGUCGCCGAUGCUGCCGCCACUUGCUGCACCGAAGGUGACCGGCCCGUUCACGGUGCUGCCGAAAAUCGCUACACCGCCGCCACAAAAGGACCAACAACUCGCGGCUUUCCCGAUGGCUUCUCUCCAGAAACCCGCGGCGCCGAUGAUCCAGCUGGACGACUACCGCCCGUUCGGUUGCGGCACGCCGCCCGGUUUCAACUCGUUGCCCAAGAAAACUACCGAGUAUGUGCCGAGGGCUGUCAAGCAAUCGCCGGUGACGAACGUAUUCCCGCCUGGACUAAGCCAUCCGCCGGUCGUCUCGCUGUCGAUGCCUGAGCCGCCAAAGGACGACAUCUACAGCCAGGUUCUAGCCAUGCCCUGGCCAACGCCAAGCGGUCCAUCACCAGGGAUUGAGUUCCAGCCGAUCUUUCCGCCAACGCGCUCCGAGCUGCUCAGCGAUUGGCCGAAGUUCCUCCCAGACAUUCAUCGGCCCCACUUCAACUUCUCGGAAACGGCGGCCGACGCACGGAGCCGCAUAGAUGUGCCGAAUCUUUACAUGCCGGAGCCGACGGUGGAACCGAGGGCCACCGCGCCACCGCCAAUUAAGCCACUCGGGAAGCUGCUGACCGCGCAGCCGUAUCAGCUGUUCAGCGGCCCGUCGCUGCUCAUCGGCGAGACGCUCAUGGCCAACCGAAAUUUGCCCAACAAAUUC